CCCCAACAAGCGCCUGUUGGUUGGGACAUGCAGGCUGGGCUGCGCCUCCUUUGUCCGCGUCGCCUCCCGGCCGUAGCCGCUACUCGGCGCCUGGGCUCCAGAAUCUCCUCCGGCCGCAGCCUCCCUCGGCGGUUUGCAAGCUCCUCCUCCUCGGCCGAGGACCGCGGAGCGCCAAAGGCCGCCGCUGCGCCACAGGCCGGCACGCUCCUGCCGCCGUUUCUGGAUGAGUGCCUUCGCGGCGUCGGCCAGGUCAUCUUCCUCAACUCUCCCGCGUCGGGCGCGCUCACGCUCGCGGCGCUCGUCUACGGCGACCCGUGGCUGGGCGCCCUGGCAGCCGCUGGCACCGCCUCGGCCACAGCGACGGCUCGCGUGGCCGGCCUCGACGCGGCUGCCAUCUCGGCGGGCUUGUACGGCUACAACGGGUGCCUCGUCGGCUGCGCCUUUGCGGUCUUCCUCGGCCUACCCGCCGGCUCUCCGGCGGCGGCCGCGGCUGCGGUCGGAGGCGCUGCCCUGACGGCGCCGCUGGUCGCCGCGCUCAAGCCGCUCUGUGGCGGCGUGCCGCAGUGGACAUGGGCCUUCAAUACGAUCGCGCUCGCCUCCCUCGCCGUCAUACGCCCGCUCGCCGGCGCGCCGCCCGCCGACCCGGCUGCCGCCCUCUCUGCCGUCGAGUGGGUGCUGUCGCCCCUCGCGGGCGUGGCUCAGAUCUUUGUGGUUGGCGACGCCGUCUCGGGCGCGAUGAUCCUCGGCGCAACCGCCCUCUACUCGCCCGCAUGCGCCGUCGCCGCCGCAUACGGCUCUGCGGUCGGCGCCGGCACCGGGUACCUCCUCGGCGCUCCCGCCGCCGAGAUAGCGACGGGGUUGUGGGGCUUUAACCCAUCGCUCACGGCCCUCGCCGUCUCGGUCUUCUACGUGCCGUCUGCGGGGGCGGCGGCGCUCGCGACGGGCGGCGCCGUGGCGACGGCAGCCGUCUUCGGCGGCGCCAAAGGCGCGGUCGCUGCGUCGCUCGGCAUACCGAUCGCAACGCUGCCCUUUUGCGCCGUCGCGAGCGGCUGCCACCUGCUCUCCCACGCGAACCUGCCCGGGCUCGUGCUCGCCGCGGCGCCACACAGCCCCGAGAAGAACGUCGCCGCGGGCUGAGCGCGGCCCCCAUAAUUUGGGCGGCAUUCGCUAUUCGACGUGAAUGGCCUACAACUGCUGGUGUGGGAAACUUCCCACAAGCAGCCAGUUGGUUUCGAGCUCGCGCUCUCAAUCUCUCCGCUCUUUGAGGAAUCUUAGCGUGCGAGGAGAAGAUGUAUCGCAUGGCGCAUGUAACAAAUGGCAUACAUUCUAGAUAGUUUAUUAUGUAGAGGGGACUUUAUGAAUUAUGUCU